AUGGCCGUAUUAGGAUCUAUAGGGCUUAAGUUCAAGCUAGGGAUAGGAAUCGUUUCAAUCUAUGCUUCAUUUGAAGCAUACAUGUUUAUACGGACUCAAUAUGUCAUCAAAUCUAGAAAAGACGAGUAUCAAAAGUUGCUCAGGCAGCAGGAGCAGCAACAGCAACAGCAACAGCAACUGAAAGCACAGUUACGGACACCUCAGCUUGGACAAUCCGGUGACCUAGACUAUUCCAAAUUUAAAUCGGCUACUGUUGCAGGAAUGUUUAUCAACCCAUUUGACGAGUACAGGCCGCAAACGGCUUUUGAAUUUGUCCUUGUUCGAAUAAUGGAACUAUUUGAACUGUUGUAUGGGAACAUGUUUGAAAAACAUGCCAAAUUGCCUCAUCCACAUGACGGUGCCGUUGAUGUUGAAGAUGAAUUAAAAUUGUUCAAACCCAAUUUGGAAAAAUAUAGAACCAAUUCACAAAUUCUCCAGCAAUGUAUCACGAGUCAUGAUUUCCAGGCCUUGUAUCAGAAGCAACACAGUAGUGGGAUUUUGUUUAGAUCUACACUACCCUCCAUCAAUCACCAACUUUUAUUCACUUGGUUGGGCCAGUCAUGUACAUUAUUUCAAGUUUCAGGAAUCAAUUUCUUGACUGAUCCAAUACUAAGUGAUCAUUUGAUUACACCUUCAUUGGGUCCGAAACGAUUAACCAAAUCACCGUUAUCUUUGGAUGAUAUCAAAUACGCAACUAAUAACAAUCUUAAUUUUAUUUUAGUUUCUCAUGAUCAUCCUGAUCAUUUGGAAAUGGAUCUUGUUGAUAAAAUACGAAAUGAAAGUUAUUGGAUAGUGCCAUUGGGGUUGAAGAGUAAAUUAGCGCGUAGAGGAAUUCAUAAGGUGAUUGAAUUAGACUGGUGGGACACGUUGGAUAUAACGAAAUAUAUCACCCAGAACGACACCAACAGCAACAGCUCCACCUCCAACUCCACCUCCACCUCCACCUCCAGCAAUAAUUCUGGUUUCCAUGACAAAUACGAGAUUGAAUGUGUUCCAUCGAUGCAUUGGUCAGGACGGUACGUUAUUGACUCAAAUAAAUCACUAUGGUGCUCAUACAUUUUGAAACGUAAUGGGCAAUCAAUAGUGUAUCAUGCUGGAGAUACAGGAUACCUGAAGGAAUUAUUUGACGUUAUUGGUGCCAAGAAUGGACCCAUAACGUUGGCAUUGUUACCCAUUGGUCAAUAUUGUCCUAGUUGGCAUCAAAAACCACGACACAUUUCCCCCGAGGAAGCACUACGCGUAACACAGCAAGUGUCGGCAAUUUUCAUGAAGGGAAUACAUUGGGGUACAUUCAAGCUUAGUGGCGAGCCCAUUUUGGAACCGAAGAAUUUAUUAUCGAAAUUGGCAACCUCUAUGGGGAAAGCCAAUGAAUACCAAGUACCGCAGUUUGGAUUAACGUAUUUAUUUGAUUUAGAGCAUAAUAAAGAGAUAGAGUUACAUGUAUAG